AUGGUUUCUGUAAUUAACACAGUGGACACGUCCCACGAGGAUAUGAUCCAUGAUGCCCAAAUGGACUACUACGGGACCCGGCUGGCCACAUGUUCCUCGGACCGAACUGUAAAGGUCUUCGACGUCCGAAACGGAGGACAGAUCUUGGUGGCAGAUCUCAGAGGCCAUGAGGGUCCAGUGUGGCAGGUAGCAUGGGCACAUCCAAUGUUUGGUAAUGUCUUAGCGUCUUGUUCCUAUGAUCGCAAAGUUAUUAUUUGGAAAGAGAAUGGCGGCACAUGGGACAAGAUGUAUGAGUACACCGGACAUGAGUCAUCAGUAAACUCAGUGUGCUGGGGUCCAUAUGAAUUUGGUUUAAUCUUGGCCUGUGGAAGUUCUGAUGGAGCCAUAUCCCUUCUAACGUUAACUGGUGAUCAGCAGUGGGACAUUAAGAAGAUCCCCAACGCACACACAAUUGGUUGCAAUGCAGUAAGCUGGGCCCCUGCUGUUGUCCCUGGCAGCCUCAUUGACCAACCCACGGGACAGAAGCCAAACUAUGUGAAACGCUUUGUUUCCGGGGGCUGUGACAACCUUGUCAAACUCUGGAAGGAAGAGGAUGGUCAGUGGAAGGAGGAUCAGAAGCUGGAAGCUCACAGUGAUUGGGUCAGAGAUGUCGGCUGGGCUCCUUCUAUUGGACUGCCCACCAGCACCAUCGCCAGCUGCUCUCAGGAUGGGCGUGUCUUUAUCUGGACGUGUGAUGACCCGGCUGGAAACACAUGGUCUGCCAAACUGCUGCACAAGUUCAAUGAUGUGGUGUGGCACGUGAGCUGGUCCAUCACCGGGAACAUCCUGGCUGUGUCCGGAGGAGAUAAUAAGGUGACGCUGUGGAAGGAGUCGAUGGACGGUCAGUGGGCCUGUAUCAGCGACGUCAGCAAAGGCCAAGGAGCGGUGUCCACCAUCACAGACACACAACAGAACGAACAGUGA